UAUCGUGUCAUUCACGUUAUUAUAAAGAAAUAUUUAACCACAAAUAUUUAUUUUUAUUGGUAAAAUAACAUCAUGAAGACAUUACAUUAAAUCCUAGUGAACUUGUUCCAAUUUUUCUAAUUCACAAUUUUUCAUAGAAAUGUCCUUUCAGUAUGUGAGUAUAUAUUAUGGACCAUGCGAUUCGUUCAAUACUCUUGCACAUAAACCACAGAAAUUAAAAGGUCUAAGAGAUCGUUUGCAAAAACUUGGAUACCGCGUGGACUUUGUUCCUGUACAAUUUGUCAACUAUUGCGUGUUGGAAAUGUGUGGCUAUGAGAUUUUUCGCUGCAAUAUCCAAAAUCUAUCCUUCAAUACACCUUACUAUUUGGACCCAGUUUGUCAGCGCGCCGUCCAAGCCGUGGUCGAUUCCACAGCGAAGUUCUGGAGAGCACGUCGCUACCUCUGGUUCUGUAAACUAAUCGAAGACCAGAUAUUUAAGAGAAGUGAAUAUUUGCCCAAAGACUACUGGCAUAAUGAGACAGAGUCGAAACAGUUUACCAAUUGUCUGGAUUGUGUUAACUGCUGUGGUAUUUUGACGAGCCGAAAAAAAGAUUAAUGCAAUAUUUAGACGUAUUUCUUAGGCGCUUCACAAACUAAUUACACAUCCUCACGUUUACUGCCUCUGCCUCUCUCCGAGGCGGCCUACCAGCUCUCGCCGUGUGUGAAACAUCUAAGAUUAUUUUACACAUUUAGUUAUGUAUCAUAUUUUAUGGCAGUUUAAAUAAAUAAUACUUAUUGUUGAAAAUUUUUCGUUCUAUGUUUGAUUACUGUACACAUAGUUAAAUGAAGAGGAA